GGAGGGGUGGGCUGGGGGCGCGCACCGGCCGCCCCAGGUGCUGCUGGCUGCCGGGGCCGCGGCGGCUCCCGGUCGUUGCGGCCUGGCAGACGCCAGUCCCCGCGGUCAGAGUCCCGGUUCGGGGGAGAGGGAGGAAGCCGGAGCCUCAGGCGGCCGCACGUGAAAGAACAGCGCAAGAAGAAACUUUUAAAGGCAUUGUUGAUUUGACUACGGCACCGAUCCCCGAAAUCACAGGAAAGUCCAGGACCCCAGCCCAGGGGAUGAUGCUGCUCACAUCAUAGUGGGUCUUGGCACCUCAGUCACCCAAAUCUCGAGAAUCCCUCACAGGAACAUCCGGACUUCCUGGGGUUCUGAUAGUCACUCAUACAGAGGAAGGCCUUGAGCACGUGGAUUUUGGAGAAUCCAUUCUAAAAGUGUAAAAAGUGCAAAAGGAGAAAUACAAAUGUCUACCGCAAGACGAAAACGCAAUGUGUUAUGUUGUUUACCGUAAGCUGUAGUAAGAUGAGCUCAAUUGUUGACAGAGAUGACAGUAGUAUUUUUGAUGGAUUGGUGGAAGAAGAUGACAAGGACAAAGCAAAAAGAGUAUCUAGAAACAAAUCUGAAAAGAAACGUAGAGAUCAAUUCAAUGUUCUCAUUAAAGAGCUUGGAUCUAUGCUUCCUGGUAAUGCUAGAAAGAUGGACAAGUCCACUGUUUUGCAGAAGAGCAUUGACUUUUUACGCAAACAUAAAGAAAUCACUGCACAGUCAGAUGCUAGUGAAAUUCGACAGGACUGGAAACCUACAUUCCUUAGUAAUGAAGAGUUUACACAAUUAAUGUUAGAGGCUCUUGAUGGUUUUUUUUUAGCGAUCAUGACAGAUGGAAGUAUAAUAUAUGUAUCUGAGAGUGUAACUUCAUUACUUGAACAUUUACCAUCUGAUCUUGUGGAUCAAAGUAUAUUUAAUUUUAUCCCAGAGGGAGAACAUUCAGAGGUUUAUAAGAUACUCUCUACUCACCUGCUGGAAAGUGAUUCAUUAACCCCUGAAUACUUAAAAUCAAAAAAUCAGUUAGAAUUCUGUUGUCAUAUGCUUCGAGGAACAAUAGAUCCAAAGGAGCCAUCCACCUAUGAAUAUGUGAGAUUUAUAGGAAAUUUUAAGUCUCUAAACAGUGUAUCAACUUCAGCACACAAUGGUUUUGAAGGAACUAUACAACGCACACAUAGGCCUUCUUAUGAAGACAGAGUUUGUUUCGUAGCUACUGUCAGAUUAGCUACACCUCAGUUCAUCAAGGAAAUGUGUACUGUUGAAGAGCCCAAUGAAGAGUUUACAUCUAGACACAGUUUAGAAUGGAAGUUUCUAUUUCUGGAUCACAGGGCACCACCAAUAAUAGGCUAUUUGCCAUUUGAAGUUUUGGGAACAUCAGGCUAUGAUUACUAUCAUGUGGAUGACCUAGAAAAUCUGGCAAAAUGUCAUGAGCACUUAAUGCAGUAUGGGAAAGGCAAAUCCUGUUAUUAUAGAUUCCUGACCAAAGGACAGCAGUGGAUUUGGCUUCAGACUCAUUAUUAUAUCACUUACCAUCAGUGGAACUCAAGGCCAGAGUUCAUUGUGUGUACUCACACUGUAGUAAGUUAUGCAGAAGUCAGGGCUGAAAGACGACGAGAACUUGGCAUUGAAGAGUCUCUUCCUGAGACAGCUGCUGACAAAAGCCAAGAUUCAGGGUCUGACAACCGUAUCAAUACAGUCAGUCUCAAGGAAGCACUGGAAAGGUUUGAUCACAGCCCAACUCCGUCUGCCUCUUCCAGAAGCUCACGAAAGUCAUCUCACACAGCAGUCUCGGACCCUUCCUCAACACCGACAAAGAUCCCCACUGAUACUAGCACUCCUCCCAGACAGCAUUUGCCAGCUCACGAAAAGACGACACAGCGGAGGCCGUCCUUCAGCAGUCAGUCCAUAAACUCCCAGUCUGUUGGUCCAUCAUUAACACAGCCAGUGAUGUCUCAAGCUGCAAAUUUACCAAUUCCACAAGGCAUGUCACAGUUUCAGUUUUCAGCCCAGUUAGGAGCCAUGCAGCAUUUAAAAGACCAGCUGGAGCAGCGGACACGGAUGAUAGAGGCAAAUAUUCAUCGGCAACAAGAAGAGCUAAGGAAAAUCCAAGAACAGCUUCAAAUGGUCCAUGGACAAGGGCUUCAGAUGUUUUUGCAACAAUCAAACUCUGGAUUGAAUUUUGGUUCCGUUCAACUUGCCUCUGGAAAUUCUAAUAUCCAGCAACUUACACCUAUAAAUAUGCAAAGCCAAGUCGUUUCUGGUAGCCAGAUUCCAAGUGGAAUGAAUACUGGACAUAUGACCACAAACCAGCAUGUGAUACAACAGAAUCUACACAGUACAUCAGCUCAGAGUCAACAGAGUGUAAUGAGUGGACAUAGUCAGCAGACGUCUCUUCCAAGCCAGACGCCCAGCACUCUCACAGCCCCACUGUACAAUACAAUGGUGAUCUCCCAGCCUGCGGCCGGGAGCAUGGUCCAGAUCCCAUCCAGUAUGCCCCAGAACAGUACGCAGAGUGCUACGGUAACCACGUUCACUCAGGACAGACAGAUAAGAUUUUCUCAAGGUCAGCAACUUGUGACCAAAUUAGUGACUGCUCCUGUAGCUUGUGGGGCUGUCAUGGUACCAAGUACCAUGCUUAUGGGCCAGGUGGUGACUGCCUAUCCGACCUUUGCCACACAACAGCAACAGCAGCAGCAGCAACAACAACAGCAGCAGCAGCAACAGCAGCAGAGCUCCCAAGAGCAGCAGCUUCCUGCAGUUCAGCAACCAUCUCAGGCCCAGCUGACCCAGCCACCACAGCAGUUUUUACAGACACCUAGGUUGCUCCAUGGGAACCCUUCCGCUCAGCUCAUCCUCUCUGCUGCCUUUCCUCUACAACAGAGCACCUUCCCUCCGUCGCAUCACCAGCAACACCAGCCUCAGCAGCAGCAGCAGCUUAGUCGGCACAGGACUGACAGUCUGAGUGACCCUCCCAAGGUCCAGCCACAGUAGCACACACACUUCCUCUCUGACACUAGAGAGGAAGGGGAUGGCCAGAAAGUCACUCAGAUGACAUACGGUUAGAAGUUUGGCAGUUCUGUGAGGGUAGUCUUGAGUGUUCCAGUUCCUGGAUUAGUUGGUAGGGAGAUGCUGCCCAGUGCUACAGAUGUACAUUAAAUACCAGCCAGUGGGGGAUUGUAGGGACACAGCCAAUCGGACAGUUUCUUUGCCCAGAUAUUUUUUUGAUGGAGAAAGAGUAUAUUGCCAAAUGUUAACAAGCUCAACUAUCCUGACCUUUACUGAAUCAGAAAAGCACUGACAGUGUUGGUAGCUUUAGUGGUUCUGUGCCUGGUAUCAAAUGUCAGAGGACACACCACUGCCAGGGGUUUGCUUAGAUCCAUGAAGAUAGUCCAGUAGUUAGUAGUCCCCACCCCAAACUCCCCUCCCUGCUCAGAUAAUGAUGGAUCAGUGAUUCCUUUCAGAAUGUUGUGCAGGUUUGAAUUCUCUGUAUAGACGCUCUAUAGAUGUGUCUGUGUCUGGAUGGAGGAGAGCAAGCCUUCUUUGCGCAGCAUGAAAGCAUUAUCUGUCCCUUACAGGUAUGAGUACAUUUCAUUAGAUUUUGACACCAUGUACAAACUGAUAGCAGCCUCCUUUUCAUUUUGUUUACAACAUAAUAGUGUUCUAGUCACUUUUCCAGGGCACAAGUCUUUUUGUGCGUGCUUUGGCUGUGGUGUCACAGUUUGUUCAGUGAGAUAUAAUGUGCUGCUGGGAAUGGAUUUUUUUUCAGGUUAAAUUAUUGCUACAUUUCCAUUUAUUCAGAAAUAUCCCUAUUUCAUUAUUUUAAUUAUGUUUGAAAAUAGAAUUGCACUGUUUUAUUUUGGAUGGUUGGUUGAGAGUUUGAUCAUGUAUUUUGAUAUGUUUCAUAGUUGGAAUAUUUAUGUAAAUGGUUUUCAACAAGCCUGAAAGUGAUUUCAAGAAUGUUUCAGUUAUAAGAGUCAAAUUUGCACACAGAACAUUUUAGGCACUUUUUAACAUUCUCAGUGGUGGGAAUUUUAACUUUUAGGAUUUGUUGGAAUCUUUUUAUUAUCCUUAAAAAUUUCAAUGCUUCUUUUAGUCAAAAUGAUUCAGGGUUAUUUGAGGGGGGAAAAACCCAUAGUGCCUUGAUUUUAAUUCAGGUGAUAACUCACCGUCUUGAACUCAUUGUCUGGUUUCAGUAGCAGUUUUGAAACCUUAGUACAUUUUUAGCAGCAUGUGGGUCUCAGUGUCAUUCUCAAGUUCCCAUGAAGACUGCUGUGUCUCAUGGGCCACCUGAAUAGGAUCACGGUUGUUAAUGUGAUCCCAAAUUUAUUUCCAAAUUGUUUCUUCCUUUAAAGCUAAAUAGUCCUUUAAGAAUUACUGGUAAACACUUGCUCAGAGGAAGGGUAGGAAUUGCCUUUAACCUUUGUCAAACCACGACUGUAACUCACAUGCUUUCUAAACAUGAAUUAAGAUUUCAUCUGGCAAUAUCAUACUCUACAGGUAAUAAACUCCAACGAAGUUACAUAGAUUUUAAAGAGCAUUUUUUUUUUUUAGAUUUUAUGGUACUAAUAAUGAAAUUUUCAAUUAUAGAACAAAAGAGAAAUAGAAAAUAAAACAUUACUGGGAAAAGGGAAGACAAGUGUGGCAAAUUAGAAUUGACCUUAGAAGAAAGUGUGUACCGGAUGAGGCUGCUAAGCAGAGGUUCUCAGCAGUGAAAAUAACCUAACGCAGAAUUCCUAGAUAAGGGCUCUGGGGAACACGGAAUCAGUUAUCUGUCCUCAGCUUUGUUGUCAUCCUUAAGUAUGUCUUUGUUUUCCUGUUUACCUGGCUGCAGUUAAGUUAGAAAGUUAGUGGUGAAAAAGAACACAACCAAAGAAAAUUGGUACCUACCCUUCUGCAAAGAAUUGUGGCUAGAUACCAGUCAGUAACCGACAUAUCAGUCUCUAGUUGACGCUCACAUGGACACCCGGAGAGCGGGGAGAACACAUGUAUGCAUAUGCAAGCUUAUACACACGUGAUGAAAUUAAUGUGAAAUAGAGCACCCACACUGCUUUCUCCCCUUCCAAAUUGCCUUCCAUGUCAUCUGAGUUGUGCCUCAUUUACUUUUUGGCAAUACCUAGUGAUAAGGAUUUAGCUAACAGGAGAUACAACAUACUAAUUAUGUAAUUCUUGUUGUUCUCCACAGUUUAUCUUCCUGCUUCAAAGCAGUUGAUAAAGGAGCACCAAGCCACUAACUUAGGUGUCCAUGUGGAGCGCGGUGCUGGGCAACACUUGUCAGCACCAACUAACUGCCUCUCAGCUCCUUAAUUCUUGCUUUCCCCGAUGGCAAACUGUCCCUGUCUGUAUCCUACAUAGACUUCAGCAUUCUGAUGAAGGUUGAUCUGUUGCCUGCUCUUCAUUUCUAUAGCCAAAGUUGUUGACUGAAACCUAAAUCUAAAAAUCUAAAUUAUGAAAAGAUACCAAAUAGAAACACUUCUCAGCUUCUUAUAAACUUUAAUGUCCCCUACUCUAUUUCAUGGGGAUUCAUUUUUCUUUAAAAUUUGGAUUCUGGGCAGCACUUUUUAGUUAAGAAAUUGUUCGGGUGCGGGUCAGAUAGGUUCUCGCUGCCCUGCAGGUACCUUGCUCUGGGCUGCUUCUGCAUGGGGUGUUGCUGACGGUAAGGGAUGAGGACAGUACAGCACAAAGCUGCUCUUGAGGCUGGCGUUGGAAAGUACUCCUCUUUUCUUCCUUAGAGUAGUAACUAUGGAGGGGCUGCAUACAACUGAGCACCACAGGCCCUUCCCCAAGCUCUGGAGUGCUGAGCUCUGCUGUCGAUAGACAUGGCUUAGGAAUGUACUAAUAAAAGAACGCCUGUGCUUUUGAAUAGUGAUAGAAAACUGUGCAAACUAGUGUGUGUUUGAGUUGUGUGUGCUGUAGUUGGCCGUUGCCUUAAAGCAGUCUCUUGAAGUUAGUUGGGAGCACUGAAGCAGUCCAGCUGUAUAAAGGGCAUCGUGUGGAGGGAAUGAGCCCUUGUUCAAGCCUUAGAAAGGGACCCUUAAAGUAGUAGUCUACAGAGGUAGAUUCUUUUCACUUGGAUAUUACUGUGUGCUUAAAAUGUUUCCACUACAUUAAGGAUUUUUUUUUUUAAGUGGAACGCAGAUAGCAUUUUUAGUAUUAUUUUUUCUGUAUGGUGAUUAGUUUGUUGGUAAGCAUUUGUGUAAAACGCGUUCAAGCUUAUCACCUUUCCAGUACCUGUGGUCCUGUUCUUAGUACCACAGAGUCCACAUGGAAGGUAUAAACACUGGAUAUUAAUAUUGCUGAGGGCAUAUAGCCAGGAGUAAGCUGACUGGAACUCUUCAGUGGUGGAGAAGAAACAGCACAAAGGCACUUGCCAUUUUCGUAGUGAUUAGAGAAAGAAACCUUUUACGUUUGUCUGGAUUGAGUGAACACUCUUCUAAGAGGAGCUUCUGAAGUAAAUGCAAAGGAAAAGAGUUGACUAUUUUUAUAGCAUAUUUAAUAUAUUUGUAUAUAACUAUGAGUAUAGUAGGAACCCUCCACCUGCCUUCCACUUUUCUAAUCCCCCCCUUUGCCAUAGCCCUAGUACAGCCUCAUCCGCAUGGGUAAUGUGCCUAUUGUCAGCCUACCUACCAAAAGAUAGUGCUGCUGCUUUCUGAGACAGGUGAGACCAGACUCUCAUGCCUGGGGAUCCUUUAUGGGAGGAAUAGCACACACUUAGAUCAACAUACCACAGUCUAAAAGCAUCAUUUUGAAAGGUAAUAAAGCACUUUAUUGCAAUUAUACAUUUAGAUAAAGUUUGUAUCUUAGGCAUUAACCAUUUUUAAAGGAUCCCCUAAUCAUCACUUAGGUGAAAUUAUAAAUGACACAUUUCUGAGAAAUGUUUAGAUCCAGUGAACCGUAGCAGGUUUAUGGGAGUGAUUUCAAGGUAGCCAAAUAAACUCUGACUUUUGUUUUGAAUGUGGUGGAGUCAGGAGAUUGUAGAUGCAUAGUUCAUUUAAACACUAUUGUAAACCUAUCUUGCCUAUUGUGUGGACACCAAAAGAGACCAAUGAGCCUGUUUGUUUUCAGAGGUCUAGGAAAAUAUGCAUCUGUCUUGAGUAGAUACACAGAACUAAUCUAUCAACGGUUGGUAGUAAUAUUUUAGGAUACGGUAAUUUCAAGAAUUAUUGAGUGUUUUAAAUGUGCCCUGAAAUGUUGGCAUGUCAUUUCAGCGUUCCCACUUGAGUUGCUCUUGUAAUAUUUUUGCACAAAAAAGACUGAGAAUGACUGCUUUGGUUGAAGAAAACUAUAAUUUGGUCUUAUUUUAAUGUCUCCUGUGGAAACACCGGAGGUAAAUUUUGUUGGUAGACUUACUAAUUCAGGAUAUUUCAAACAGUGUUGAACAGCUCACCAGAAAUUACGCAAAAGUAUAUAUUUAAAAAUUAAAAUUCUUUUUUCCACGUGACUGUUUGCAUAUUUUUUCUGUUGUCAUAACACUACAUUCCUUGUUUUCCUGAAAUAAUAAUACUUUGAAAGAUGAGUAUUUAACAAUACUUUCUAAGUUGCUGGGUUUUCCCAGGAAAAUGUUCUAGAGAAAUAGGUUGUAUUUGUAUAUAGUUUGUGGAGACUAUUGAGACCCCAUCAACACCACCAGCAAACACUGAGGUGCUGAACUAAGCGACAAUCACCAUAGGAAGUAGUUAUAGGAGGUCUUAGAAGUGGUUGGAAGGAACUUGUUCCGAACACAGUUCUCUGGGUUUCUUAAAUAAAAUGGCUAUGUAUUUAUUUAUAUUUGUUUAUCUACAUUUGGUCUCCUGUAUUUAAUUUAUGGUCAGUUUUGUUUUGCAUCAUUAUCUUGUUCUUGGGUCUUAUUUGGGGCAGCAGUUGUUACCCUGCCCCCAGUGACUCUCCACUGACAGAUAAUUGAAACCCUUUGUACAUCAGGACGGCAGUGGUGGGUCAACCUGGACAUCCCUGCACUUCCUCCUGCUCUGCUUUAUUACAUUACUCCAACCUUUCUCUAGUGUCACUUGUUGCCUUCAGUGUUUCAUGGGCGCUUUGUAUAUGGGUACUUCCCACACAGUCAAAGGCCAGUACGACAGAAGCAAGGGCACAUGUUACACGCUGCCUUUGCUUUUGCCCAUCUGGGUAAAUGCUAGCAAAAUAGUACCUUUUAAUGGCUGGCAUCAUUAUUUCCAUAUAUUGAGUCCAUACAAAUAGUUACACAAUGUAUGCAUACUGAAAACUCUUUAAAAAGUUGAUUAUCUUUAAAUUUCCAUAGCCAGCACUGACUAGUAAAGCGGUACUUGAACAUGGGAGGCCUCGCUCCGUGAGGAUCCUUCCUGUUCACCUGACCUGUGGAUAUAGUCCUCCCAUAGUACUCUCAUUGCGGCUUUGGAGUCCCACAGGUAGGGUCGAACUCACAGGGACCCCUUGGAGAACAGUAGUUAAAAUACAAUCAGACAAACUGAGUUUAAUUCUGUAAAAGAUGUUUAACUCUGAGGAGAGUAAGUUGAAAAUAUGCCAUCUUUAGAUACAUGCUUUUAAAUCAGAGAAAACUGUAACAUUGCUUUACGAAAUGACAUUCAAAUUGUUUGUGUUUGAGUACUGGUUCAAGUUUAUUGCUGACAACAGUUUUAAGAAUACAACAAACCUAAAAUAUAGGAAAAGCUGUUAUCUUGAAGUUGACACCUUCAAGCAAAAACAUUACCCUCAAAAAGUUCCUGAUUAAACACUGGAUGUAUCAGCCAAAACAACUGGAAUUUUGAAACCAUUCUAAAGUUAUUUUGAAAUCUAUUUUAUUGUGGCUUCAGUUGGGGAAAGCUCUAGUAUAGCACUUUCACAUUCACCCUGUGUAAGGAGUGAAGCCCAAAGACAAGCUCAAUUAGUGCUGUAUUAAAACCAGUUAGUGCAAAAAAAUAUAAAUAUAUAUAUAUAUAUGUUUUAUCUUUGUAAACUUUGUUAAAUCAGUUAGUGGUUGUAUAAACAUGCACCAGAUUCUUUGCUGUUCUCUGUGGUUCUUGCUGUGCUGUUCUUGACAUUGCUGUCCUUACUGCUUGGUUCUGGGUUUAAAUGAAAACAGUAGACAUAGCUCAUCAUUUCCGGCUCCCGAGGGAGAGAUACACAUGGCUGCUGACCUCCAGAUAAGAAUACCCCCCCCCAAGUAAAUAGUUCAUUGAGAUAAGUUCAGUUAUUAGAAAAGACUGGCAUUCUUUCAGGUAUUACCCUUUUGCCAAAACCCUAAACUCCACAAACGAUGGAUAAUGAAUGGUUUCAAUGGUGCUAUUAAAUAGGUUCCCUGGUUUUCAUAAGCUACAUUUGGAAAACAGUAUUGACUAAAAUAUGGACUGCUGUUACCAGGUGAAUAUUGCCAUUUUAGUUGAGUUUGAUACAAUUGGUUAUCCUUGGUUAUCAAAGUUACUUCUUAAGAGGUAAAACUGUGUUGCCAGCAUGCCUUCACUCAGGCCUCUUGCUAUAUGAGCACAGGCUCUACCUACAUCUCCAUGUACUAUCAGAACGUUCUUUUCCAUAGACGCCUGUAAUGUAUUCAGAAUCAAAAAUUACAGCAAAAGAGCCAAGCAGUAGCAAUGGAUUUUCUGUUUUUGUUUUAAUGUCAAAAUAAUUAGAUCCAAACUUUGUUUCCUUCAGUUUUAAAAAUAAAGAAUACCUCAGUGCUGCUUCUCAGUAUGAAUUACCUGCUUUCUGUGGACAUAACAUGUAAGAGUCACAUUUGAUUUACAGAAAGACUAUUAAAUGUUUUUAAAUCUG